CUUGCUAGUGCUCCUCACAAAGCUUCUCGAUGCUCCACCGCAUGCACAUGCACCCAUAAAGCUUCACAAGGCACGAGCCCCGCCAUUGCUAUGCUCAUGUCUGUCUGUCUGUCUGUCUGUCUGUCUGUCUGUCUGUCUGUCUGUCUGUCUGUCUGUCUGUAUGUAUGUACUCGUAGUCAGUGGUUGGUUGAGUGGGUGUCAUCCGUUAUCAAGAAGCGCGUUUCGCGUUACCCGCGGGCGAUCGAAAGGUUCGAUGAUGGCAGUGGCAAAGGUUAGGCUCCAAGCGUUGG